CGAGUGUGCGGGGCUGGACUUUGUCGCAUCCAUGUCCAGUUCCAAGCCGGCCAGCGCGUUAUCGAGACAAGCCACUAGCAUGCUCGGGCUACGACUCAUCGGGCUCGUGCUCUUCGCCAGCUCGGCAGCUCUGUCCCAACGACUCGAGCAGCAGCAGCAGCAGCAGCAGGAGCAGCAGCCUUACGUCGGCGUGCGCAGCUUCCGCAAGGAGCUGACGGAUCCGCGCAUCCUCGCGGUGCACAACGACACCUUCGACGGCCACACCCGGCUCUCGUACGUCAAGAGCGCCUGGAACAAGUACUCGGACGAGACUGCGGACGGCAGCACGAGCUGGCUGGUUUACAACGUCGUGAUCGAGACGUACGUGGACGGCCUCACCUUCCGCAAGUCCUGCUGGACGAAUCUGACCGCCCAGGAGAGCAAGGAGAACGUGCGGCUGGUCAGCCUGCAGGACAGCGACCGGGCCGUGCUCAUGUGGACAGAGAUGCUCGAGCCGCCGUCUCUGGCCAAGCUCAAGGUGUACCUGGUGGACGCGAAAAACUGCAGCUGGAAGAACGUGACCGAGCUGACCGUGAACCUGCCGCUCAACAGGCCCUUCGACAGAAACGUCUUCGUGGUGCCCUACACGCGGGUAUUCGACCUGAUGUUCUCCAACCUGGACAGCUGCAAGAGGCGCCUCUGCAGGGCCUCGUACGACAUCGAAGGGAGAAUCGUCGGGAACGUGUCGAUACUGCAGGACGACUCGUACGACCCGUCGCUCAGCAGCCCGGGCUCGUCCGGCCACUUGCCGCACUUUGCGCCGGUGCUGCCCGGCAGUGCGGCCAAGGGCUACUUCAUGUUCGUCGAGGAGGCUGACCAGCUCAAGCUCAAGACGCUCGACCCCACGGGCGAGUUGAGCAACUCGCGCAUCGCUCACGUCGUGCCCCGGCUGCCGGAAGAGGGUCGCCCCUUCAUCACGUCCAACUCGCACGAGACGUUCGGCUACUGCUUCAUCCUGCUGGCCAACCGCAGCAUCCAGUGCCGCCAGUACGACUCGGGCCUGAACAUCAAGAGCAAUCUCACCUGGACCCUGGGCUACAACUCGAGGCGCGCCUCCAUGCUCAACCUCGCCUCGGGAGGCUUUCUGCUGCUGACCGAGGACUCCCAGUACGGCAGCCAGUACCUGACCAAGGUCGAGUCGGACGGCCGACGCAGCGACCCGAUGGAGCUGACGAUGGGCGGCGGCAAGGGCUCGCAGCUCUGCGGACCUGCGAUGCUCUACGAGAAGAGCAGGGGCGACUUUUACUGCGCCUACGGGCUCUGCUGGGAUCAGCCCAAGAGCAGCCUCAAGGUCGACGUUCGCUGCGUGCCCAAGCGCUACUUUGCCGCGAAAUGAAUAAGGACUCGUAGAUUUGUUGCUAGAUGUUAUGAAGGAGAUUCUCACCGCGAACUCCAUCUCGCUGUACCUGGGUAUAGUAUAGGCCAGACUGACGAAGGAUUGACCUGGGCCGCCGGCGAUGAUCGCCGCCUGAGCUCCAGACUCGUGCAUCGCAUCCUCGACGACGAGACGCGUGAUCAGCCGGCUCUCGUCGUCGUCUUCGACCGAGUACGUCUUGGCAAAGUUGACGACGUAGUCCGCCGAGCCCCGUGAUUUCUCCGAGAGGCUCAGGAUUUCCUCGUCGCCCGGGAGACGGCGGCCAACGCCGAAUCCGGUUGAAGAGGCUCUUUGCAGCUGCAUCAGGGACAUGAGCAGUAGUACAACAGCCACGUGGCUCGACUGCAUCCUGCCGAAGAGAAAUCUUAUUCUUGUAUCGAAAGCGCUAAAAAACUGUACUAUUUUUUAUACUUA